AUGGGUGAUAACAACGAUGAUCAGUCCUCGCCCAAGGAGGAAAACCCAGCUCAUGAUUCCGAGACUCCUAACCCUGGUGAAUCUCAAGAGGAUAACUCACUGGAAACCAUAGUUCGUAAAUUUCAGGACUCGAUGUCUGUAGGCAAGCAGCACAAGUUUUGGGAAACCCAACCCGUGGGUCAAUUCAAGGAUGUUGGGGCGACGAAUUUGCCUGAGGGACCUAUUGAGCCUGCAACUCCUUUGUCGGAGGUCAAACAAGAGCCUUACAAUCUGCCUGCACAGUACGAAUGGACUACCUGUGACAUGGAGUCUGAUGAGACCUGUAAUGAGGUCUAUGCUCUGUUGAAAAACAACUAUGUUGAGGAUGAUGAGAACAUGUUUCGGUUCAAUUACUCCAAGGAGUUCCUCAGCUGGGCAUUGCGCCCUCCUGGCUACUACAAGAGCUGGCACAUUGGUGUACGUGCUAAAACUUCCAAAAAGCUUGUUGCCUUCAUCACGGGUAUCCCAGCAAGAAUCAGGGUGCGUGGUGAAGUGGUGAAGAUGGCUGAGGUCAACUUCCUGUGUGUUCAUAAGAAACUUAGGUCAAAGAGGCUUGCUCCGGUCAUGAUCAGAGAGGUUACUAGGAGGGUUCAUUUGGAGAACAUUUGGCAAGCAGCUUAUACAGCUGGAGUGGUUCUUCCUACACCAGUAACUACUGCUCAGUAUUGGCACAGGUCCUUGAACCCCAAGAAGCUCAUUGAUGUCGGCUUCUCCAGGCUUGGUGCAAGGAUGACAAUGAGCAGGACGAUAAAGCUUUACAAGUUGCCAGAUUCACCUGCUACUCCUGGAUUCAGAAAAAUGGAGCUCCGUGAUGUGCCAGCUGUCACUCGGUUGCUUAGGAACUACUUGGCUCAGUUUGUUGUUGCACCUUAUUUUGAUGAGGAUGAUGUUGAGCAUUGGCUCCGCCCGGUCGAGAAUGUCAUUGAUAGUUUUGUGGUUGAGAGCCCAGAGACCCAUGAGAUCACAGACUUUUGCAGCUUUUACACCCUACCAUCCUCUAUCCUUGGCAACCAGAACUACUCCACCUUGAAAGCUGCUUAUUCAUAUUACAAUGUCUCCACCAAGACUCCAUUGCUGCAGUUGAUGAAUGAUGCGCUGACCGUAGCCAAGCAGAAGGAUUUUGACGUGUUCAAUGCCUUGGAUGUCAUGUUCAACGAGUCUUUUGUGAAGGAGCUGAAAUUCGGGCCAGGUGAUGGGCAGCUUCACUAUUACCUUUAUAACUACCGUUUGCAGCAAGCACUUAGACCAUCUGAACUUGGUCUUGUUCUCUUGUAG